ACCCCUGAUGUUGUCAGCCCAACUAAUGACAGCAUCUCCGAUCUCACAGGACAGCAGAACUUUUCGGGAAUUGAAGAAACGCUAAAUGCCACCAAUAAUUCCAACUCUUCACCGAGUGCUUUGCAGAAUCCUACUGACGAUCUUCAAACUAAUUCUUCUCUCCUCGAUACUUCGACACCUCGGAAACAGAAAUCAACUUCAUUUCCUCCACUUCAAAAUGAUACAAUUGAAUUGUUCCUUGAAGUGCUUUUUGCCAAUGAAACUAAAAUCGAAGAACGUUGCUGGAAUAUUGGCUUCAUGAUUGAAAAUCUGCUUCUAUUACAAAAUGUUAGUUCGCAGCAUCGAAAUCUUACUCCAGAUUCUCCCUUAGCUUUAUUCCACAUGGCUCGUCAUUUUCCAAAGAGAGUGAAGCACUUCGAGUACUACGAAAAUUUCGACCCGCGGAUGUUCAUUAACACAAUGAUAACACAAACACAAUCGGGGCUGAAGUACAAAAAGCUUUUUACAUUCAUAGCUUAUGGUUUGAAUGCACUUUAUGAAACUGCCACAUUGUUUAUCAAUGCGUCAAAAAAUAGGAAUGGAAGUGCCGCAGCUGUUGAGUGGAAUAAUAACCUUUUGGCUUUGUUUAGAGGAUAA